ACCGAUUCGCAUCACCACACCAUCGCAACUGCCCGCAACCGAAAAGAACAAUAAAGUCGACCAUACUUAUGCCAUCCUUCCUCUACUGCUCCGAGUGCAACAAUCUGUUGUAUCCUAGAGAGGACAGAUCCAAUCCAGAUGUUCGCAGCAGGAGCUUGAUGUUUGCCUGCAGGAAUUGUGAUUACCAGGAGAAGGCCGACAACAACUGCGUAUACAGGAACGAGAUCUUGCACGCACCAGCAGAGCAAACGCUUCUCGUACAAGACUUGAGCACAGAUCCCACUUUGCCACGGACUAGGAUGAGAUGUGCAAAGUGUGGACACGAAGAGGCGGUCUUCUUCCAGGCACAAGGAAACGGCGCUGAAAUGAAGAUGACAUUGUAUUACAUCUGCUGCAACAAGGCCUGUGGACAUCGCUGGUUCUCUUAGAUGACUUUGUCGCUCCUGGUCCGCCUCAUUUUUCUUUUCUUGCCAGGAAUUGUUUCAGUCACAGAUCGGAUUUAAUAUCGACUAUAGCUGGAAUAAAGCGCUGUUUUUCAGGAAAAAAAUACAGGAAAUAAAUUGAUCUUUCUCGAG